GUGGGCGGGGCCAGCGGUGUAAACACUACCUAACGGUUAGCUUCAUGGUGGCUACGCUAAUAAGCUAGUUAACUCUUCCCUUCCUCCUCACGUCCGAACGUUGGACCCCUUUUUCCGGCUUCAAAUGGCCGGCGUCGCCCUGAAGCUGUCCGCUCCUCUGCGCUUUGUGAAGCUAAGAAGCUUGAGCAGAUUCUCCUCCGUUCCCAGCCUGAGGGUCCACACCGCGGGGUCUGCGACCAUGGGUGCGACGGUGGAGCAGUUUGAGCAGGCGAAGAACAAGAUGUCGACGCUGAAAAACGACCCGGGAAACGAAGCCAAGCUGAAAAUCUACGCUCUGUUCAAACAGGCCUCUCAGGGUCCCUGCAACACUGCCAAACCCGGCAUGCUGGAUUUUGUCGGCAAGGUGAAAUGGGACGCGUGGAAUUCUCUGGGCUCCAUUUCUCAGGAUGAAGCCAGGCAGCAGUACUGCGACUUCAUUGGCUCUCUGGUGGCGGCAGAAGGCGGGACUUCCGCCUCAUUGGCUGCAGAGCCUGCUGGAGGCGGAGCUACGUACGAGACGCUAUUGGUCACAACGGAGGAUAAAAUCACCACCAUCAAACUGAACCGUCCAGCCAAGAAGAACGCCAUCACGACAGAGAUGUACAACGACAUCAUCGCCGCUCUGGAUCAGGCAGCUAAAGACGACUCUGUCAUCACUGUAAUCACAGGAGCUGGAGAUUUCUACUGCAGUGGAAACGAUCUCUCUAACUUCACAAAGAUCCCGGAGGGGGGUUUGCAGGAAAUGGCCCAAAAAGGAGGAGACCUGCUCAGGAGCUUCGUGAAGGCGUACAUCGACUUCCCGAAGCCCCUCGUUGCCGUCGUUAACGGACCAGCUGUCGGUAUCUCUGUCACCUUGAUGGGACUGUUUGAUCUGGUCUACGCCACUGACAGGGCGACCUUCCACACUCCCUUCAGUCAGCUGGGGCAGAGCGCUGAGGGGUGCUCCUCCUACACCUUCCCCAAGAUCAUGGGCAUCGCCAAGGCCAGUGAGAUGCUGCUGUUCAACAAGAAGCUCUCAGCGGAGCAGGCGUGUGAGCUCGGACUCGUCUCUGAGGUUUUCCCCGACAGCAGCUUCCAGACGGAGGUUUGGAGCAGACUGAAGAAAUACGCCCAGCUGCCCCCCAAU